UCACCGUUUUUGUCGCUGCGUCAGAAUCGCAACGAUAGGAGAAUCUCUGUUUAGAAUGGAGUUAAAUGGGAGCCGGCCACACUGGCCGUCCUGCGACGACGGCAGCGAUUCGAACGCAACAUGUAGCGUUUUUCGGUCGCUGCGACGAAAACGCAGCUUAUGUUAUCAAAUGAAGGUGGCCACACUCGCCGUUCCUGUCGCAACUUGUCCCUCCCCACUCUUCUUACUUCCUAUACCAUUUCAGUCACCUCACUCUAUUUGUGACCUCUUUGACAAGUGUCUUCUUUGUUGUAAUAAUUCUAUUAGUUAAAAUGUUUGACACCGAACUAUUUAUUAACGAGGUGAGCAUCCGUCCUCCACUUUGGGAUCUUAAAUUAAAGGACUACAGUAACCGUGAUUUAAAAUCUAAGCUAUGGAUUGAGGUGGCCAGGAUAGUGCUUUCGAACUGGGAGCAGAUGACUAAUGAGGAAAAAAAUAAAGAAGUAAAGGAAUUGCAAAAAAAAUGGAGAUCACUACGAGAUUGUUUUGCGAGGGAGAUGAAAAACUUGAAAUUACCUAGUGGCAGUAGCCAAAAGAAGAAGAAAAAGUAUGUGUACUUCGAUCAACUGCUGUUCCUCACUGCGAACAACACUGACAGGAGGACAACCACCAAUGUUCCUGAUGAGCAACCCGACAUUGGAAACGAAAAUGCGGCUACUGAAGAAAACAACGAAGAUUUGACUGAGGUAGUUGCUUCAGAACCAGCAACACCUAACCAAGUAGCGCCCAACCAAGCAGCGCCUAACCGUAUCAACAAAAAAUAUCGACAGACUCCCUUUGAAAUGGCCGUACUUAAACAUUUGACAAAUGCAAGCAAGCCAACGGAUGAAGAAGAAGAAGCUGAUAAGCACUUUCUACUAUCCUUUUUGCCUAUGUUAAAAAAACCUUCCUGUUGA